GUACACCACCAUCAAGACUCGAACUCGUGCAUCUUACCUAGUCACUAACCCAAACCCUUGCUCGCCCAAAUCAAGAUAACGUACCCUCUAGACAACAGAACAGGUCGAUGCUCUUGCUCCGGUCUUCUUCUUCUUCUUCUUCGAAAUCCAGAUGCAAAACCGAAGCGUGUCGAGCAGACUAAUCACCAGAGACGACAGCAACCAGGCUCCCAGAAGAAACGCCACCACCACCGCGACUCGAACUCGCGCAUCGUCCUUCGUCGGGGUCACCAACAACGCCCCAACCGCAAAG